AUCGCGAAGUGCGGACGCAAAGUCGAGUGCGAUCCUCGAGACUGCCACCAGCAGAAGAAAUACCACCCAAGUGGAGAGAGCAACUCGUACUCUAGUGUAGAACACCGAACCGACCACUGCUACGGGCUAAAGCUCUUGUUUGUCGUGCGAAUUGUUGGUAACUUUCGUGAGAUUCUUUGGCUUUGAUUGGUUUCGAUCAGGAUCAACUGGUGAUCGAAUGUGUUUAGCCUGGAAGUGAUUCUGUUUAUUUUUGUUCGGAUUCACACAAAAAAAUAACAAAUAACAAUUCAACAGUUGUGUGGUGUUUGCUUGCCAAUACUGUGUGGUAACGCAACCGUGCUUUCAAUUGAUGUUGGCCAGUUUGAACGCCUUCCCUUAUCAUACACGGAUUAAGAGCACUGAAGUAGGAAGAAAAAUGAUAAUGCUAUGAUCUGUAAUUUUGGCACAGUGAUCUAACAGUGUAGGUCUCAUUUUCUGGACAGGCUCAAUAGAGCCCUAUCUAAGGAACGAUUUGUUUCGUAGAAUUCUGCGAGACCAGAUGCUGAUCGAUGUUUUUUUUUUCUGAAGAAAAACAAACCCAACUCAGGCAGUGUGAAAUGAUAAAUAACGAAGGGCGGAAAGAAGCUUGCAGUGGAAGAGUGUAAAAAUCUAUGUGACGAAGGGAAAAUAUCCAAACUAGAUAUAAUGUUAAAACCGGAGUGUGUGGGAGUUUCAGUUCGAUAUUUUCUCAUCUACUGAUCUAUGCUAGCGUCGUUAGAAAGAGGAUAAUGAUCAGUAGAAGCGGCCCGUAGCCUCGACAUGUUUAUGAUAAUCGUGAAAAGAGAAGCUUAGGUAAAUGAAGGAAAAAAACCGAGAGUGACAAAACUCCUGUAGAAGAUGGAGAAUCCGAUCGAUCGAAUGUAGUUAAGUAAAAAAAAUCGAAAAAAAUAUUUUGAAAGUGAACCAUCGUACCAAUUUUGUAUAUCACCCAAGAGUACAGAGCCGGAAGAUCAAACAACGAAAGAAUAGUGUAAUCGUGAAAAAAAAUAAACAAACAUGGUAGUGCCCACGAUGGAUAGCCUACCACGAGUACCUGACACCCACGGGGAUACCGUGGACGAAAAAGUCUUCUCCGACCUCUACAUUAGGACUAGCUGGUUCGAUGCCUCGAUCGCAUUGGAUCAAAUCGAAAAGGGUAAAGCGCGGGGGAGGCGGUCAGCGGUCUACAUGAGAUCCCUGUUUCAGUCUCAUCUUCACAAUCUCGGAUGUUCGAUACAGAAACAUGCGGGCAAAGUUUUAUUUGUGGCAAUACUAGUUCUUAGCACGUUUUGUGUGGGCCUCAAAUCCGCGACGGUACACUCAAAGGUGCACCAGCUGUGGAUACAGGAAGGCGGAACGUUAGAACAUGAGUUAGCAUACACGCAAAAAUCACUCGGCGAAAUGGAUUCCUCGACGCAUCAGCUGCUGAUACAGACUCCCAAGGACAUGGAAGCUUCGAUCCUACAUCCGAACUCAUUGCUGACGCAUCUGGAAGUUGUAAAACAAGCGAUAUCAAUCCGAGUGCAUAUGUAUGACAUCGAAUGGAGUUUGAAGGACAUGUGCUACUCACCCAACAUUCCGAACUUUGACACGCAUUUCAUCGAGCAAAUUUUCGAGAAUAUCAUCCCAUGUGCGAUCAUAACUCCGCUGGAUUGUUUUUGGGAGGGCAGUAAGUUGCUUGGACCAGAAUACCCAGUUGUAAUUCCGCAUCUGGCGAGUAAAGUUCAGUGGACAUCCCUGAAUCCCCAAAACUUGUUGAAGGACAUCAAAGCUCAGAACUAUCAGUUUCCGUUCGAUACUCUGGAACAGUAUAUGAAGCGAGCAGGAAUCGGAACUGGCUACACGGAGAAACCGUGUCUGAAUCCGAAGGAUAAACAGUGCCCGGAAACGGCACCGAAUAAGAAAUCACAACAAGUACCGGAUGUAGCAGCAAGCUUAACGGGAGGUUGCUACGGUUUUGCUGCUAAGUACAUGCACUGGCCCGAGGAACUGAUCGUUGGAGGUGCAACUCGCAAUCGAUCACAACACUUGAAAACCGCCAAAGCACUACAAACGGUGAUCCAAUUGAUGGGAGAACGGGAAAUGUACGAAUAUUGGAAUAACCACUACAAAGUGCAUCACAUCGGCUGGAAUCCGCAGAAGGCUGCCGAAGUGUUGAACGCAUGGCAGAAGAAAUUCUCUGCUGAGGUAAACAAAAUUAUGCAAACGGAAGUCAAACCACUGUCCUAUUACGAAGUGUUUGCAUUUUCAUCGGCUGCCCUGGAUGACAUUCUCGGCAAGUACUCCAACCCGAAUCCGGCCAGUUUGGGUAUCGGUGUUGCUGUCAUCGUCGUGUACUCCGCAUUGGCCCUGCUGAGAUGGAAGGAUCCUGUGAACGGUCAAAGUGGUGUCGGAGUGGCGGGUGUUUUGCUGAUUGGCGUAACUACUGCAGCCGGAUUAGGUUUCUGUGCUCUGCUUGGAAUCGCUUUCAAUGCCUCCACAACUCAGGUGAUUCCGUUUUUGGCCCUUGGGCUUGGCGUCGAUCAUAUAUUCGUGUUGACGCAUGCCUACGCGGAACGUGACAACAACGAACAGACUGGACAGGUUCUCAAAAAAGCCGGUUUAAGUGUGCUCUUCAGUGGCGCUUCGACUGCCGGUUCCUUCUUCGCCGCUUCGUUAAUCCCCGUUCCGGCACUGCGCGUAUUCUGUUUCCAAGGAGCGGUGCUUUUGGUAUUCAAUUUAGCAGCCGUUUUGCUCGUUUUUCCUGCUAUGAUAUCGCUAGAUCUGCGUAGAAGACGAGCCGGACGAGCGGACAUUCUUUGUUGCUGUCUGCCAACACUGCCAACUGUCAAUCAGGAUUUAAAACAUCGCCAACAGGUUCCACCCAAUCAAGAUGAUUCACUAAUCGAUUGUCCGGCAAAAUCAUGCUUUAGUUUCUCCAUUUCCAAGUUUGCCGUGAAACAUUACGCUCCAUUCAUUUCCAAGAGCUCGGUGAAAGUACUCGCUAUGCUAGUCCUGACUGGCGCCCUAGGAGUGUCGCUGUUCGCAUCGAUGAAACUGCCCGAUGGACUAGAAUUGACUGAUCUAGUUCCACAAAACACGAACGAGCACAAAUUUCUGAGCGUUCAAGGAAAAUUGUUUGGAUUCUACAGUAUGUUCGCCGUGACGCAAGGCGACUUUGAAUAUCCAACGAAUCAAAAGUUGCUUCACGAGUACCAUGAAGCAUUUGUUCGAGUAUCGCACGUAAUCAAAAACGACAACGGAGGGUUGCCCGACUUUUGGCUCAGUUUGUUCCGUGACUGGUUGAUUAAUCUACAGAAAGCAUUCGACCGGGACUACCGGGAAGGCAGAAUAACUCAGGAGCGGUGGUUCGCAAACGCAAGCGACGAGGCCAUUCUCGCCUACAAGCUACUGGUGCAAACCGGUCACGUUGAUAAUCCCAUCGAUAAGAGCUUAGUAACACAAAUCCGACUAGUUGAUUCCGAGGGAGUUAUCAAUCCGAGAGCAUUCUACAACUAUCUGUCGGCUUGGGCAUGGAACGAUGGUCUAGCGUAUGGUGCAUCACAAGGAAAUCUACGUCCUGAACCGCGCGAAUGGUUCCAUUCACCGAGUGACUUUGAGUUGAAGAUACCGAAGAGUGCUCCUCUAACUUACACGCAGCUACCAUUCUAUCUACAUGGUUUGAGCGAUACCCAGGACAUCAAAGAAAUGAUCGGUCAGAUUCGAGAACUAAGUCGGAGAUUUGAAUUUCGAGGACUGCCCAAUUAUCCUUCUGGUAUUCCCUUCCUGUUCUGGGAACAGUACAUGAAUCUUCGACCCUGUCUACUGAAGGCAGUUGGAUGUGCUUUGGUGGCCGCUUUUUGCUUAGUCGCUCUUCUACUGCUAUCUGUUUGGGCAUCCAUUCUAAUCAUAUUCAGCAUAGUUACUAUGCUGAUUCAACUAUUGGGAGUUAUGAUUUUGCUAGGCAUCAAUUUGUCUGCCAUUCCGGCAGUGAUACUAAUAGCAAGCAUCGGGUUUGGAGUUUGCUUCACCGUACAUGUGUCAUUGGGUUUCAUCACCGCGAUAGGUAAUCGAGAAAGGAGAAUAAAGCUGGCCCUGGAACACGCGCUGGCACCCGCAGUUCACGCGGUAAUGACCUCCAUCCUGGCUGUCCUGAUGCUGUCCACUUCGUCUUUCGAGUUCGUCGUGCGACAUUUCUUCUGGCUAUUGCUCUCGGUCAUCGUGAUCGGAGCCGUCAAUGGGCUGUUCUUCUUCCCGAUUCUACUGAGUAUUGUAGGUCCUGGGGCAGAAAUCAUCCCGCUGCAGUAUGCCAACCGAAUUUCGACUCCGUCACCGCCUCCGAAGCGAAACAACAAAAUAUCGAAUAAACCUUACAUCUUGAACAACAAACGAUCCUCGUCAUCUUCAUCGAGGAACUGCUCGAAGUCGCAUCAUCAUCACAAACACAACAAUGUUAACCUGAACAAUGAGCCUUCGCUUACGACCAUCACCGAGGAGCCACAGUCCUGGAAAAGCUCCGCCUCGUCCAUCCCGUCGAUUCACGAGAAAAACAAUAUCAGUGUCAACUACGCCAAUCAGGCACCGGAGCUGCAGAGCAUAGUGCUCCAACCGGAGGUGACCGUCGAAACGCACCAUCACGGAGGUGAUCAUCAAAACACGAAGGUUACCGCCACCGCUAAUAUCAAGGUGGAACUGGUGACACCGGGCCGAGGGCCACCGCGAAUGGUUCGAACAAGCAGUUCUAGCAGCAGUAGUGGGAACAGUAGCAGUUAACUAAGUCUCCUUUAGUAUCGACGACGAUCGAAUAGUUUUAAGGGAACGUCCGAUCGUUCAUUACUACGAACGCAUGUAAAUAGGCUAAUUCCUUUACCCUUUAUUUCUUCGCAUUUAGUAUAACAGUAAAUAUUAUUUAUUUGAUUUUCUUCCUCCAAAAGAAGCAAGUAUUAUUCUUACCCAUACCAUAGCAGCGGAAGUGUUUUGAAAUUUUGUCUAUUUUUCGCCAAUACUCAACGAACAAAGAGAAAUAGUAGCGUGAAAGAGAGGUAGAUCGUGUAUUUUAGCCGGGGACCGGAAAAUGGUCCUACCCAACGUUGUAUAGCAACUUAAAAACUUGUUCCUGGUGUAAGAAUGUUUGUAAUAUUUGAACAAAUACAGCUGAAUAACUCUGACGAACUGAUUAAACUAUAGGAAUAAUACAGCAACUGUAGCCCGUAAGACUUAGUAUCUUCUGCAGUAUAAAACCAGGGAGCUGAGAUGGUAUAGUUUUUACGGAAUUUACUUUAAUCGUAGGUAGAGUCCCCUGUACAUUUUUAUUGCGGGUUUGAGAGACGAUGAUGCAUGCUUUAAGGCCAAAUAUUUUCAGUUUUAUAAACGAAAUUUUUAACGUAAACUUCUAUAACUUAUUGUGUAAAUAGUGAAACAGACAGACUUAACCGCAGUUGUUCCUCACAACUGUAAAGAAAAUGAUUCCAACAAAGAAGAAAAGUCUUAUUAUUUGUUCUCCAAGACGGUCGUACUUAACAGUGAUUGCGUUUGACAAUCGUGUGAACAAUAACCACAUGCACACACACAAACAUUUAUGUAUACCGAAAACAAACUAAAGACAGAAACCAAACUCAUUUCAAUCAUCAAACUUUCAAUGAAUCUGAAUAUUUGGCUUUUCUCUCGAAAUUAUUCGUAAACUAACAAAAAAAAAUUUCAAUUUCAUUGUUAAUAACAAGACUUGUACAUUUGAAAGCUUUGUUUGUUUAAGAAUGUUACCAAUUUUGUAAGCAUUUUAUUAGUUUCAAACAUCGAAAGAAAAAAAAACAAUGGAUACUAAAAACAAUAUAAACAACGUUUGAAAAAGAACCUCUCGUUGAGUAGGUGAAAAGGUAAAACACAAAACUAUUUUUAUGUUAUAAAUGUAAAAGUAAAUAAAUAUUACCCUAAAAAUCUAUUUAUUUAUUUUUAUACGGUAACACUUGAACGCAAGCCUAGCGUUUAUAAAUUAAAUUAUAAUACGUCGGUAUAAGCGAUACAAAAAGCGGUUUUGGAUUGAAACAAGUGGCAAUGGUAAAAAAAAUUGCAGAGGAAUCUACCUGAAGCGUAGUGUUACAAGCUACCGGAGAAAUGAUAUUCGCUGUAAUUAGUUACAACUGCUAGUACAGUGUCGUGGGAUCUGUAGGCACUUAACAGUCUCUGUUGCGACAUAUCAAUGAGUGGAACGAACAAUCUUAACGAGUCUAAUAGGUUAUAGUAUUAGAGUUUUUAUACAAUGUUUCGUGUUUCCAAAUAAAUCAAGAAAAUGCAGUGGAACGAAUAAAUUCAUGGUAUUACCUAUAACUGAAAAAUAA